AAAAAAAGAAAAAAAAAAAAGUGGCAUUUGGAUUUUGCUGUUAUGCAUCUGAGGCUCUGCCAGAUGAAGUUCUGCUCCUUCUUCUUCUGCUGCGGAAGGCCCUCUGAUUGGAGCGAGAAAGGAAGCGGUUCGUCGAGGUGGGUUUUCUCGUUACGAGAGCUUCUCUCCGCGACGAACAAUUUUAAUUAUGAUAAUAAGCUCGGCGAAGGAGAAUCUGGAAGUGUGUAUUGGGGCCAAUUGUGGGAUGGGUCUCAGAUCGCCGUCAAAAGGCUGAGAAUGCUGAGCGAAAAGGCCGAACAGGACUUCGCCGCCGAAGUCGAGACUAUGGGAAGAGUGAGGCACAAUAACCUCCUAAGCUUGCGUGGAUAUUGCUCCGAGGGACCGGAACACCUCCUCGUGUACGACUACAUGCCCAACUUCAGCUUGUACUCGUACCUCCACGGGCCGCACUCCGCAGAUCGCCUUCUUCACUGGGGGAGGCGAAUGUCCGUCGCCAUCGGAUCAGCCGAGGGGAUUGCUUAUCUUCACCACCACGCGACGCCUCGGAUAAUCCACAAAAAGAUCAAGGCGAGCAAUGUUCUGCUCGAUUCGGAGUUUCGAGCUCGAGUUGCUGACUUCGGGCUCGCGGAUCUCGCUCCGGAAUCUGCUGCUCAAGUGGCUACAACUGUGAAAGGAACUCAAGGCUAUCUUGCUCCAGAAUUGGCCAUUUCAGCGAAAGCCACGGAGAGCUGCGACGUAUACAGCUUCGGUGUACUACUCCUCGAGCUCGUAAGCGGUAAAAGAUCGAUUGAAAAGUCGAGCACUAAUCAGAGGCUAGCGAUCGCAGAUUGGGCUUUUCCGUUGGCUCGAGAGAAGAGGUUCGAUGAAAUUGCGGACCCGAAACUGGAUGGCAGUUAUGUGAAGGAAGAACUAAAGAGACUGGUGCUUGUCGGGCUGUUUUGCGCGCAGAGCCAGCCUCAGAGGAGACCCACAAUGCUCGAGGUGGCGGAACUGCUUAAAGGAGGGGCUAAGGAGAACCUACUAUUCAUACAAAAUGAUGAGAUGUUUAGGAUACAAACGACGGCAAGUUCGCUGUAAAUGGUCAGAAAUAGAUGGAACAUGUAUAACAAUGCAGAAUUUUGUAGUUUGGGUUGUGAAGUGUGUUUGCGGGAUGAUGUUGUGAUUGGAGGUCACUGAUUACAUGAUGUUUGAUGUUGCCAUGUAAUAAUUACACAAACAUUUCGAAGAUUGUUUGAUUUGUACAAAAUUUGUUGCUUAUGGAUUGUAAUUGUUGCUGUUUAAUACUUUUGGUGGAAAACUUACUUCCAUGUUCUUUUUCGUUGUAUU